AUGUCAAACUCAAUAAUACAACUUCUAACUUCUGAUAAAUUUAAUGGAGAGAGUUAUUCCAACUGGAAGUCAAAUUUAAACACAAUAUUAGUAGUUGAUGAUCUGCGGUUUGUGUUAACGGAGGAAUGUCCUCCUAUUCCUAGUUUGACUAAAAACCGAAGCGUUCAGGAUGCUUACGAUAGGUGGGUAAGGGCAAAUGAAAAGGCAAGGGCCUAUAUCUUAGAGAGCAUAUCUGAUGUGCUCAACAAGAAAUAUGAAACCAUGCUCAUAGCCUGUGAAAUUAUGGCGUCUUUACAGGAAAUGUUCGGGCAACCGUCAUCUUCUGUACGAAAUGAGGCUAUAAAGUAUGUUUAUAACUCUCAAAUGAAAGAUGGAACCAAUGUCAAGGAACAUGUUCUAGACAUGAUGGUUCAUUUGAAUGUCGCAGAAGCUCACGGGGCUACCAUAGACGAAACUAGUCAAGUUAGUAUGUAUUAG